GUGUCUGCGCGCGAGGAGGUGGAGGAGGAGGAGGAUCCUGCGUCGCGCGAAUGUUUAACUGGAGGCGCGCGGGGUUUCCGCCGCUUCUGAGCAAAGAGAGAGAGAGAGAGAGAAAGAGAGAGAGAGCGGAGAGGAGAGAGCAGCUCUAGAAGCAGCAGCAGCAGUGAGUAUUAAGUAGUAGCAGGAGGUCGCGCGCUGCAGACGGAGCUGCGCCCGGGGAGUACGCGAGGCUGGACGUGAGCGGGACGAGCCGCUGGUGUUUUAAGGGCGCGCGGCUGUGGAUGUCCGGGGAUAUUUCGCUGGCGGAACCGGAGAGACCCGCGAGCGCUGAACGAUGGAUGAGCGCGCUCUGAAGCAGAGCUCCGUUUACCGAGACUGAGCGCUCCGGCCGCUCGAGCCCGACUGGAUUUUAACCUCAACCGUUUCUUCUGGAGAAAAAAAAGUGUUUUUCGUCGUUUCUUUCUUUUUUUAAACUCUAUCUUUCUUUUGGUUUCCACGUUUUAUCAGUGCGGACUGAUGGCCGUGUGUCCGCCCCCCAAAGCCCCCCGCUGGGUUUUGUUCGUGUUGUUAGUGCUGCACGCGCCGCGGAGGAUCUCACCUCUGAUUACAGGUACUGAGGCGAGCUGUGAUAAUGAAGGAGAGGUGCUGCACAUCCCCAACAUCACAGACAACCCCUGCAUCUCCUGCGUGUGUCUGGAUGGAAAAGCAGACUGCAAGCAGGAGAAGUGCCCCCUAGUGGCAGAAGACUGCGCUCUGGUGGUUAAACAGACAGGAGCCUGCUGUGAAAGAUGCAAAGGUUGUCAGCUGGAAGGGAAGGCCUAUAAUAGCUCAUAUUCCUGGACUACUCCCACCAAGCCAUGCAUCACACGUCGGUGUCAGGAAGGUGUAAUCACUGAGGCAGAAAUGCAAUGUGUGGUUCCCUGCAAAAAUCCUAAGAUCCACCCCAAGAAGUGCUGCCCAUCGUGUCCAGGCUGUAUAUUUGAAGGACGUCUGUAUAAGGAGAGAGAGGAGUUUCACCCUGAAGGGAAACCCUGCAUCAAAUGCAUGUGCACUGGAGGUCGAACGAUGUGUCAUAGGGAAGUGUGUCCUGUUCUUUCUUGCCCAUCUCACCUGAGCCAUACACCUCCAGGCCAGUGCUGCCCCAGGUGUCAAGGUCAGAGGAAGGUGUUUGACCUCUCUCUGGGCAGCUGCUUGUUCCACAGUGAGGUCUAUGAGAACGGCACAUCCUUCAGCUUUGAUAACUGCACAGCGUGCACUUGCCUGAACUCCACAGUGGUGUGCAGAAAGCGCUGUUCUCCAUCUGGAAGCUGCCAAGGUGCCACCUGCUGCCCGGAGUGUCUCUCCUACCUGAAGACGGAGGAUGUGAAGUACUGCAGAGUCAAGAACAAAAUCUACAGGGAUGGAGAUAGGUGGUCAUCUGUGAACUGCACACUGUGUUCCUGUGUGAAGGGUAACACUGAGUGUCAGCCCAAGCAGUGUGUGCCGGUCACCAGCUGCCCCCCGAAUAAGAUACUGAACCGGACUGGCUGCUGUCCUGUUUGCACUGAAAAACCAGGCGUGUGCACAGUUUUCGGCGACCCCCACUACAACACAUUCGACGGGCGCACGUUCAACUUCCAGGGCACGUGUGAAUAUGUGCUGACAAAGGACUGCUCAGCAGCAGACAGCUUCACAGUGCUGGUGAAAAAUGAUGCAAGACGCACCCGCUCCUUUUCCUGGACCAAGUCGGUGGAGCUACGCAUGGCGGGACUCACAAUCAGCCUGCACCAACACCUGACUGUCCGGCAAAACGGCACACGCAUCGCCCUGCCUUUCCACAGCACUGGUGUCCACAUUGACCUGGACGGAUACCUGCUCAAACUCACCACCAUCGCAGGCCUGGAGAUCACAUGGGAUGGCGACAGUCUGGUGGAGGUGGUGGCUGCACCCCACCUGAAGGGACGGCUCUGCGGCCUCUGCGGGAACUACAACGGACACAAGCGGGACGACACAAUGGGGGGCGAUGGCCAGUUCAAGUUUGACGUGGACGAGUUUGCUGAGUCCUGGCGAGUGGACGGUAACGAGGUGUGUGAACAGCCUCCCCGCAGGCCUGUGUCCUACCUUUGUCCUGCAUCCGUCAAAGUGAAGCUCCGGGCCCACCGUGCUUGCCACAAACUAAAAUCCUGGGAGUUCCAAAAGUGCCACGCUGUGGUGGACUUCACCUCCUUCUAUAGGUCAUGUGUAACGGACAUGUGCGAGUGCCCAGUGCAUAAGAACUGUUACUGUGAGUCCUUCAUCGCCUACAGUCGUGCCUGUGAGAGGGAGGGAGCACCUGUGCUUUGGAAACCAGAACAGUCCUGCAUGACCACCCAAUGUAAACACGGUGCCGUCUAUGACACAUGUGGUCCCGGUUGCACCAAAACCUGUGACAACUGGAAUGAGAUCGGCCCAUGCCUCAAACCCUGUGUGGCCGGCUGCCACUGUCCAGCUAAUCUGGUGCUACUCCAGGGUCACUGCAUCAAGCCCACGUCCUGCCCAGGCCGGUGACCCCUGUGACCCUGCUGAGGGCACUGUAGACCAAAGACUAAUGCUAGAAUGGCUGAACGCUCAUGCCUGAGACUUGGGGGGGGGGUUAAGGUGUGUGGGGUGAACCUCCCACGCAUGACCUGAUGUUACAGCUCAGUCAGGGCGGUGGGACAGAAAACCAUGGCCUUUGAUCUCCACCUCACUCUACACAGACUGAGUCGCAGGGCCCUCAGUGCAUUCCUUGGAAUACUUGUCAGAGGGAACUACUCAUGUCACCUCUAGUCUGCAUGUGAGAGACAUCGUGAGCAGCUGUCGCCGUGGAUCGAGGAGUGGUAGUGUUAACUGGCCUCUGAACAACACAGAACCUCAACAUACAGGGAAGAUGUCAGCUGUACACUGAACUCUGACAAUAAGGGGUGCUUAUAAACCAACAGGGAUCAUUAAACCAACUUGGAAUGAAAAGAGGAAUCAUAAAAAUGCUAAUUUUAUUCACAAUGACUUAAAGGGAACUAUUUAUGUAUUUGUUGUGUAUUUAGAUUUUGUUAUAUUGUUUAUGCUGUGCACAAAGAUGUGACUUGGCUGUUAAGAGCUCAUAGGGAAAUGUACUGUAUUCUUGAAAGCUCAGUGUAUUUUAUUUUUUUGUGUGUGCUUUUGCACAUGCUAGUUUGAGUGUGUGGCUGUGUGUAUGUAAGUAUGAGUGUGUGUGUGUGUGUGUGUGUGUGUGUGUGUGGUGAACUUCCUGUAAAUUUUACUUGGCUGGAAAGCAGUUAUUUAUGAACAGCAUUAAGGACCUGUAUCCUCUCAAAGAACCAAGCUGCAAGAGUGGCAUGAGCCAAGGACUUCAUUCAGGUUCUGUCACAGCGCAGAGGGGCAAAAGGUUAGCAUUUGCCCCUAUGGUGGCAAAAAGAACAAAUUGCCAAAUCCUCAUAUUGGCUUCCCUUAUUUAAAAUGUGGCACAAUUAACUUGGUACCUGAUUGUUGAUGAGAUGAAAUGGCAUAAACAAUAAAACAAGUAUUCACUUUAAAUGAAUGACCACUUUAAAUGACUGAUCUGAAACACUCUUCUCUGUUUUAAUGACAUCUUCUGGAAACUGGGGCUACCCCUUAAACUCACUGUUAAAAGAGGAAAAAGUAAAAUAGCCUAUAGGCAUAAAAUGACAAUGACAGAAACUGCCAUCUACCACAGGAAUACAUUUUGAAAGAGAUAAGAUUUGAAGUGUGCAGUAGGCAGAUAUAACCCAUUCCUAAGAAAAU